UGUGCCAUGUCCUUGCCCACAUUUUUCCUGUGUUACAGAGCAUGUUCACCUGGAAGUUUACCACACUGGUUUAUUAUUUAUUUAAUUAAUUUAGCCAAGCUCUGGUGCUGUGAAUUGUAUUUAGAAGGUAGAAAAUUGAAAAAGAGCUAGCUUGACUAGCUCAAAAUAUCACGCUCAAGCUAUAAAGAUGCUGAACAGAUGCUGACAGCCGACAUCAUGAAGCAGAAGUUGCUACAAUUCUUCGGGCUCGUCUUUUUUCUUCCCUUUGGCUGUGCAUACGGUUCCUAUAAUGUCUGUGCAAAAAUCUAUCCAGACUCUACACGAAAUAUUCCAGUAGAACUGGGGAAGGAUUUCACAGCGAUCUGUAAACUUUCUGAAGAUUCAAGAUACAGCGCCGAUGAUAUCACAUGGUUCUUCGGAAAUGUCACUCUUCCUCGGGAGUCUUACAAAAAACUAAACAAAUCGGUCGUUGCUGUUACCGUGAAUGUCAGUCGUGACAUGAACAACCCGUUGAAGUGUAAGGCCACUAAACAGGAAUGGUCAUUUGAAGAACCAUGCAUUUAUGGCAUCUUCCUUGAUAAAGGAUAUCCUCCCUUAAAGCCAAAGGAUCUGAAUUGUAUCGCUCACCAAGAUGGCAGCAUUAUUUCUCCUGAACUGACAUGUUCAUGGGAUCCAGGGACAAGGGACCCCAUUAUUAGCACCAACUAUACACUUCAUACAAAGCCUGUUGAUACCAUACGAAAUGCUAGUAGUAACAAGUAUUCAACACGCAGCCUCACCAUCAAUUUUGGGACCUUCCCCAAUCACAUGCACUUAACGGUCUGGGUAGAAGCACAGAACAAACUGGGGACUGUGACAUCAGACGAACUGUCUGUUGACUCAGAAUCUUUUGCAAAACCAAAUCCACCUGCACAUGUAAGAGUUAUCCCAGAGGAUGGUUUCCCCACAUCUUUGAUGGUGAACUGGUCACAUCCACUUCAUGAAACAAUCUUCAAGCUCCGAUACCACAUCAGAUACUGCCAAGCAGGUUGCAGUGUUUGGAAAGAGAUACUCGAGAAUUCAACCAGAGCUUACAUUGAGUCCUACAGACUGCAGUUUCUUCAUCCUUACACGGAUUAUGUGGUGCAGGUGCGCUGCAUUCAUCACAAAAGUUUGGGCUACUGGAGUGAUUGGAGUCCAAAUGCAACAGCUCGUACCCCAGAACACUUUCCUUCUAGCGGACCAGAUCUCUGGAGAGUCUAUGAAGAGGGUUCCAAUAACACUGUUGUUAAGCUGAUUUGGAAGGAUCCUGAGCAGUCCAAUGGCAAAAUACUGGGGUUUAAUGUUACAUUUGAUGAAGAUGGACGUUCUGAGACCCAUGUUGUCCGUUCCAAAGAGCUUAAGUUCUCCCUAAAGGGAGAAAAUGCUUCAGUCAAAGUUACUGCAUAUAAUUCAGUAGGAGCUUCACAUGAGUCCACUUUAAUAAUUUCAAGACCUGUAAAAGAGCUUCCCAGAGUGACAGGUAUGAAUUACUCAGUGCAGGAUGGGCAGCUGUGUGUGAAUUGGUCUGCACCCUCUACACGGCGUAAAUACCUAGCGGCGUAUGUGAUAGAAUGGGUUUCCGUGCCUAAUAAAGAGAUCGGCUGGCAAAGAGUCUUCAGGAAUGUCAGUAAUGUCUUCUUGAAAGAGUUGAAGCCAUUCAAACGCUACAACGUCUCAGUCAACCCAAUUUAUCGGGACAGACACUUCGACUCUCCAGGGCCACAAUACACUAUUCAAGCCUAUCUCGAGCAAGGACCUCCUCUGAAAGGCCCAGAUGUUAAUGUGACUGCAACAGGGAAAACCAGCGCUCAACUCAACUGGAACGAGAUUCCUAUUGAUGAUCAGCAGGGCUUUCUCACCAAUUACACCAUUUUCUACAAGACAGGAAACAAUUGGCAAUCUGUUGGAGUUCCGUCUAACACCUACUCAUACAAGCUGACUACACUGACUAGUGAUCGUCAUUACGUUGUACACAUCAUGGUGUCUAACCAGAAGGGCUCAAAAAAUGGAUCUGAAUCCAGUUUCUACACCAAAAAAUAUGAUGACGGUGAAAUAGACCUGAUUGUCGUUAUUGUGUGCUUGAGCUUCCUGUUCUUUGUAGUUUUCACAACGGUCCUCAUCAUCAGGAAGAAAGAAUUGUUAAAGAGGCGUUUCUGGCCACAGGUCCCCAACCCGUCUCACAGCACUAUUGCUAACUGGUCACCUGACUGUCCCAACAAGCCGGACACUCCGAAAGAAAGCAUCCUGGCGGAGGUGAGCGUGGUGGAGGUGGACAUGGAUGACGGAAAGUCCCUGUGCGAUGAGGAUAAGGCAGUGAUGCCUCUGAAGAAGUACUUUUCGGAGGAGCGCAGCAGCGGCAUCGGUGGAUCGUCCGGCAUGUCCACUCCGCGCCAGAGCGUGUCCUCCAAUGACGAGGCCGACUCGGGCCAAACCACAGCCAGCACCGUGCAGUACUCUGCCGUAGUGAGCAGCGGCUAUAAAGGCCAGACUCCUGGCACUCAGGCGUCAGUGUUCUCUCGUUCCGAAUCGACCCAGCCGCUACUGGAAUGUGAGGAAAACCCAGAGCACCUGUCCGAGGCCAGCGGCCACCAAACGAACUCCUACUUCAAACGACAUAAAGGCAACGAGCAGCUGCACAUGGAUGAAGGAGAGGAGCCUAGCUUUGGCUCUCUGAGCUUUAGUCCAAUGGAGGAGGAGGACUCGCCCACUCUGACCGAGGAUCCUCCAGGUCCUGCCUCUGGUUACAUGCCGCAACAGAGUGGCUACCGGCCACAGUAAGAGGACAAAAACACUAUCAGUGUUCGCGCAAUCCUGUGCCUUCUUCUGGUGAACCAAUUUUUUUUUUUUUUUUAAAUUUUUUUUUUGCCAUGUUUUAAAGCCCAUAUAAGUUUCACACUUACUGCUGCUAAAUUUAAGAAACUGUCUGUCUCAUGGCUGUGUUUCAGUUUUCAGAUAAAAUUAUAUCGGUGCCAUGUUAAACAUCCGCAUGUCUACUGGCAAUGACGGUUUCAUUUUGUAUAUGCACUUUUUUGUAAUUUGAAUACUUGCAGGUUGCUUUUGUAAUGUUACACAUUCUAUGGGUUUAAAGCAAAUACAGUACCCUCCAGAAUUAUUGGCUCUCAUGAAAAUGAGCAAAAUAUCUAUAACAUUCAAUAAGUGUUGUUUUUUUUUUUCAAUUAAAACAAGCAAGGAUAUUGUACUAGUUUAUAGUUUACAACUUUUUCACCCCAAAGAAAAGUCUCUUUCUGUAGUAUCUAGACUUGAAGAGAACCUUGGAUUUUGCAAAACAUGGAUUUUGUUUCUUUUAUCAUACGUGUUUAUUUAGAAGUCUGUUCGGCUCAUCAUCUUGCUGAAAGCUCAAUCGGCGGCCAUGUCUUAACCUCCUGGCAGAGUCAACCAUGUUUUGGCCUGAAAUGUUCUGGUACUUUAUGAUGCCAUCAAUCUUCCCAGCAGCCUCUUAACCACCAGCCACAAAACAGCAUGAAAGCUUCAGUGAUACACCUCCAUAUUUCCCAGCAGAUACCGGGUGCUUUUCCCUUCUAUGCAGUCCCCUUCUUUCACCAGACAUGCUGAUCAUGUGCAUGAGCAAAAACGUUUGAUCUCCUCUGAUUUACAGCACAUGAUGUCAAUUGUGGUUUAAUGAUGCUUGGUGAAGUUGAGCAGCUGCGUUAAGUGAGAUGUUAUCAGGAGGGGUUUCUUCCUUGCAACACUUCCAAACAGGUUUCAUGUAUUUUACAAGAAUCAGCUCAACUGUUACGUUCUAAAACUGAGAUCAUUCAGGAUCUUUUCCUCCACCCCAUUUUACGGGAGAACAGUGUGUUUUUUGGUCCAGUUCCUGUCACAUUUCAUACCAUUUCAAACAUUAUGGCCAUAACUACCUUUUAUUUCUAACUACCUUUUUCUUUGUGUAGCAGUCAUCUGUCUUUUUAUUAUUUCUUUUCAUAGUAGUUUCAGGUAUAUUUGGCAUGUGUACAAAAUGUCAGUGACAAUUACACGUUGAAAUACUUGUGAGGCUCAGGUAAUCUACAGCUGUGCAAUAUGGGAAAAAAUAUACAUCAGCAAAUAAAGGUGGGAGGAAUGAGGAAAGAGCGGGGAAAGAGAUUAUUUACAAAUACAAAAUAAUUACAAACUAUGCAGAAUAUAUUAUGAUGUAUGGUAUGUAUGCCUAGUUAGUAUGUAAGUAAAGUGCAGAUCCUGUGACUGUAAACACUGGAAUAUCUGCGGUCAGAGUGCAAGAGGUAGGAAAAUAAAUAGCAGCUGUGUGAAGUUGUAAGGUUUGAGCAGUCCUCUAUAGCUAUCAGAGAGUAUAAAAAGCAGAUGAAGCAGCAGCACAAAGUAGCAUUUAGAAAUGUACAAUUAAAUUAGAUGUAGUAGUGUGUAAUAAAUAUGAUCAAUAUACCAAUAUACUUUAUUCAGAAUCCUGAUAGCCUGAAAGUAGAAACUGUUCUUCAGCCUGCUGGUUCUGGAUCGGUGAUGGAUGAUGAAGGGAUUUUACAAUUUUAUAAAAUAUACCACCCAGAGAAACAGGGUCACCGUUAAAGUUUCUCAAGAGUGACAGUUUCUUGGUAUUUAUUUGAAAUAUUCUUUCAGGAUGUCAGUAAUAUUGGCAAAUAUUUUUGAGAGAAAAAAUAUAUUAUUUUAAAAAUGCUGUAAUGACUUUUAUUAUUUGUUUUGUAGAACAAAAUAGUUCCUCUUAUUGUUGUAAGUAAUAUUUGUUUUGUACAAUAAGUCCUGCCUUUUUUUUUCUCCAAAUGAAGGGUGCCAAUAUUUCUGGAGGGCACUGUAUAAGAACAGGGCUUACCAUUCAAUUCUUAAUCCCCUUGCAAAUAUUUACUCUAAAAGAGUAAGAUGAUGAAAUUUAUUUCGAGAAGGCUUUGUGUUCACACAGUUACUGAUUUACCUUUGUUUGGUUUAAAGGGCUUGGAAUUUAUUUUGAAAAGCUUUUUAUUAUUUUUGAAGUUUCUUCAUGUUCUUCCUGUAACUUAGGUUGAUUUAAUCGUGGUCCGUAUAUGGCUGCGACCAUGAGUUGGUUGUUUUGGAACAUUUCACAUACAUUUGUUGGACAACCGCCAGUACUGACUCCCAGAGAUUUCAGAAGUACUGGCACCCAGGGUGCGUUUCAAGGACAACUGAAAACUGAAUCUAGGAUUUUGAGUGUAUUUCUCAAGUAUUAUUGCACUUUCCGCCACUUGCUGUGGAGCUUCUGCCAGUAUUUUUUAGGAUGUCCAUAUUCCACAUGGAUAAACAUUGUGUAUCUGUGUACAUAAAAAAAACACUACAUUAAGUUUGAAGUUAGACAGCAAGAGACCUGUUUAAUGCAUGCUUUUUCACAUAUCUAUUUCCAGUAUCGUGUGAAAAUUCAUCACUGACAUUACACUUUGUAGUAACCAUAUGAGAAAUAAAGGCUCAUUUAUCAAACUCAA